AUGACGAGCAGUGGCCCGUCAACUGCGCCAGCUGGCGCAAGCGGUCCUAAAUCCGCGCCGCAGCCUCACCCCAGCGAAGCUGUCAAAGAAAAGAAGGACCUCAGAUCGUGGUGGAAGUCGUUUAGGGAUGGCGAGAAGAAGACGCAUGACCAAGCGUCCCCGCAGGGUAUCUUCGGUGUUCCGCUACAAGCCAGCAUCCGCUACGCCAACGUGGCCAUCAGCUUGUUCAACGAUGAGGGACAAAGCUACAUCUACGGCUAUGUUCCUAUUGUAGUGGCCAAGUGUGGUGUGUUUCUGAAGGAGAAAGCGACUGAUGUUGAGGGCAUAUUCCGGCUGGCCGGAAGUGAGAAGCGCAUCAAGGAGCUCAAGAUAGCGUUUGACAGUCCCGACAGAUAUGGCAAGGGCCUAGACUGGACAGGCUAUACCGUACACGAUGCUGCCAACAUUCUUCGGAGAUAUUUCAACCAACUGCCGGAGCCAAUCAUCCCUCUGGACUUCUACCAGCGCUUUCGAGACCCUCUCAGGAACCAUCAAGCCCAAGCGGUAGGCCACAUUGACGCUCAAAGUCCAAGCCAGGGCGACUUCGAUCCAGAAGCAGCCAUCAGAGCGUACCAGGCCUUGAUCACCGAACUCCCGCCGCUCAAUCGCCAGCUGCUGUUGUACAUUUUGGACCUACUCGCAGUCUUCGCAAGCAAAUCGGACUUGAACAAGAUGACAACGCCCAACCUUGCUGCCAUCUUUCAACCUGGCAUCUUGAACCAUCCGCGACACGACAUGGCCCCUGAGGAAUACCGCCUGAGCCAGGAUGUGCUGAUAUUCCUGAUCGAGAACCAAGACAGCUUCCUUAUUGGCAUGCAAGGUACCGAGGCUCCAAUCGAAACUGUCCGUGAUGUUCAAAGCGGCACGCCAGCAAAGCCUCCAACUACUCCAACCACGCCAAGUCGGUCGAAGACAGUCAUUGGCCGCUCGGGCUCGAACUCUAGUGUGGCAGCAGAGAGCGUGCGGAAAUGGGGUAGUCUUCGCCGCAAUGUGUCUGUGUCUAGUAAGCACAGCAAGCGAUCUGAGAAUGGACAGCCGCCUUCGGGCACACCGGCCCCUGCUACACCGCCUGGUGGUGUACACAGGAGCAACACUGUGCCCUCGAGAAGAGGAGGUAGUGCGCCUCACUCGCCCCGUUUCUCGCGUGACAAACAUUCAGAUCCAACCACGCCGAACCCGCCUACCAGCUCAACUGGCACAGCGGUUGUGAACGCCGCAGCAACCGUCGAAACCGUGGUUUACAGGCCUUCUGCCACAGAAAGGUCAGGCUCAAUACAAAACACUCCAGUGGCCACAACUGCGCCUGCAUUCCCGGCACCACCCGAACUCACGUCCGCUUCAUCAAGUGAGGCUACUACACCACUCGCGGGCGCGCCUCUCAGCGAUACUUCUUCCACGGUCACGCGAGACUUUCAGACCCCCAAAAAGGACACGACACCGCUUCUCGCACCAGCAGGACACGCAGAGAGACCAACGGACAGGUCUGCUUCCAACACACCUUCUGCAGCUUCUACACGCAAGGGGUUUCUUGACAUCCUCAAGCAGUCGCCGACAAGCGAAGGUGAGGGACGGAAGCCUAACAAACUGCAGAAGAAGAGAAUCCCAGGCUCCACCUUGUCUAGUGCGCAAUCGUCUGCCCAUUCCCUGCAUGAUGAGCCGCAAGACACACAAAGGUCACCAAUAUCGCCAAAGUUUGCACCGACAACCCUGGCUACUGUACCGUCCGAGGAUGCAUCGUUGGACUCCGGCGAGCAUUCAGCUUACGCGACGGCCCAAAACACACCAACAGGCUUACAGACAACGCCUCAGCGAAACCCCACAGAUGCUACUCUCCGCCCGACCAUAUCACCAUCGAAUUCGUUCCACUCGCAUACUGACAUGUCUCAUACCGACAUGUCUGAUGCUGAUAUGGUGGGGGACGAUAUGCCUGCUCCAAGCGAAGAGCAGCCAGAGAAGAAAAAGAGGCACCGAUGGAGGUUUUCUAGGUCACAAAAUAAGAUUGAAGAACCAUCGACGCCAGGCAACCCAUUGGGUACCAUGACUGCGCGGGACCAGGCCACGUCAAGGUCUACGAUUGGAAGCGGUGGUUCCCUGCCUAGGAAAAGUUUACAAGAGCCAAGACCAAUGGGCACUAUCACCACCGAUCCAGCACCUGGCACUCCUGCGCAACAAAUUCAACCAUCUUAUACUUCGGACACUGUCUUCUCCGACUCGGAGAGAGAAAGAAAAGGCCCAAUGUCCUGGCUCAGAAAUAAACUCGAUCGCAAAGAGAGGGAUUUUGAGAAACGAUCGAGCACUCCGGAGCGUGGACAUGAAAGGUCCAGGAGCAAACAAGACCUGCAGUCAGCUGAAGUGAUGCCUGUUCGUGAGAAGUCAUUUGAGCAACAAAGAUCCGCCAUGGAGAGCGCUCCACCACCCUCAGUACCGAUGUCGAUGGGUCAAGAAGGAGUGAUACCUGGUCAGCAGGCAGGCCGACUUAGCACGAAUGGCGAGAGGUACGUAGAGGGUUCAGGACUUCCUGCGACUAUUAGCACGGAUGCCAGAUGUGCAGGCACCUGA